AAAUGUGGCUCCCGGUGGUAAUGGAUUUACGACUCCCCAUCCUCUGUUUGCUGAUAGUGGCAGAAAUAUCCGUAGGUUUACGAAAUGUUCGCGUCACCGUACCAACGGCCGUACGGAAAGGCGACUCGGCCCACCUAUUCUGUGACUACGAGCUGGAGGACAAGGAGCGACUGUAUUCAAUCAAAUGGUACAAAGGCAAGCGUGAGUUUUAUCGCUACACGCCUCAAGAAAAACCAUCGAUGAAAGUGUUCACUGCCGUUGACGUUGAGCGAUCGUUAUCGAACAUGAGUAACGUCGUAAUAAAGGCACUCGAAACAAACGUAUCUGGGAAGUACAGCUGUGAGGUGUCGGCUGAUGCUCCUUCCUUCCACACAAUGAUAGUAUCCGGUGAUAUGGAAGUCAUAGAACCACCGCCGGAAAAACCAUCAAUAAUGGGACUGCAGGGCCGAUACCGACCGGGCGACAUCCUGCGGGGCAACUGCACCUCGAUUAAUUCUAAACCGCCAGCAAAUCUGACGUGGACGAUUAAUGACGUACCGAUCAUACCACAGUACUACAAACAGUAUCGACCGAUCAAGGAUACGCACACGGGACUAGAAACGUCAAUACUAGGGAUUAAUAUAUUGGUGUCACACGCACACUUUAUUAAAGGAAAACUCAAGCUUAAAUGCCAAGCGACAAUACAUCAAAUCUAUGACGAGAGUAGUGAAUGGUACGUGGAAGAGGAUCGACCUCGAAUACUGGCGACGGGUUCCUCCAGUGGCCACAAUCUGAAUCAAAUCUAUCAACACUCGGUGUACGAUGGAGAGCUGCCCGAUCAGAGCGAUAUGUAUUUAACGGUCAAUGGAUACAAAGCGGAUAAAACACCCACGUCCUCAUCAUCAGCCACCCAGCAGGUCGGUGCGUACGUAAAGGUGGGCUGGAUUGCAUUCUACAUCUGCACAAUCUGCACCGUUCUGCUGUACUCACUGCGGAUCGGCAUAUCCUGACUGUACAACCUGAAGGAAGUGAUUAAAAUAUAAGCUAGUGGCCGUGUUGCGUGUCGACGAACAGGAAUU